AUGAGGCUACCUGCAAGCGCAGGGGGCACUGGGAUUGAUAGGGAUGUUUCCAUCAUGGCGGCAUCCAUUUCAGGUUAUACUUUUAGUUCUGUGUGUUAUCACAGCGCCAACAGCAACUCAGAUCAUGAGGGCUUCCUACUAGGAGAUGUAAGGCAAGAAGAAACUGUCAGCAUCAGUGACACACAGAUCAGCAGUGCAGAACUGGUGCAGGUUUUAGAAAUCCAUAACCAUGAUCCUUGUGCACAGUUGUUUAGCUUUUAUGACUACGCUGGCAAGGUCAGCGAAGAAAAUCUCAACAGCAUUCUUAAAGAAAGGCGGAAAAAUGUCAUCGGUUGGUACCGGUUCCGAAGAAACACACAGCAGCAGAUGUCAUUCAGGGAGCAGAUCAUCCACAAACAGCUGACUCAGCUUCUUGGCGUGCCCGACCUCGUCUUCCUUCUCUUCAGCUUCAUCUCUACAGCCAACAGCUCCACACAUGCACUGGAAUAUGUGCUCUUCAGACCAAACCGCAGUAGGUACAACCAGAGGAUCACACUCUCUAUCCCAAACCUCGGCAACACAAGCCAGCAGGAAUACAAAGUCUCCUCAGUACCCAACACCUCACUCAACUACGCCAAGGUCAUCAAAGAGCACGGGACUGAGUUUUUUGACAAAGACGGCGUGAUGAAGGAUAUCCGAACAAUAUACCAAGUUUACAGUGUGCUUCAAGAAAAAGUCCAGGCGGUGUGUGGGGAGGUAGAACAAAGUGAACGCAUUAAAGAAAAGAUUCAAGAGGACGUCAACAAACUCAAACAACAAAUAGCUCUCAGGAAGCACAAAACUGCAGAGGAGGAGAGAAGGCUCCGUGACGCACAAAAUGCCGACCUCCAUUCCACUCCAGAGGAGAACACAGAACCCUCUAAGGCGCCCCGUCUGUCCUGGAUAACGUUUCAGACGCCCUCUGCCCCCGAGCGGCCCAGUACCUCGCCAAACCCACCGUCUUACACUGACCUCUUGUCCCAAGAUGACAAUCUACUCUCCUCCUCCUCCCCACCCACCAAUGCUGCUCUGUUGCCCCGUCCUCAAGCCGUGGGCUCUCCGGGACACCCUACCCCCGCCCCGCUGGGGGCAGGCCUUGGCCUGGGCCUCGGGCUGGGCCUGGGCGCCACCUCAAAUCCCGUUAGCGCUCCCAGCACCCCGUACCUGGGAAACGGUGACGGAUCGAGCUCCGACUCAUUGGACAGACAAGCUGCGGGGCAGGAAGACGACGACGAUGAGGAGGAGGAGGACGAAGAUGACGAGGACAGUAGUGAAUAUGAGAAUUUAGUGAGCGAAGGCGCUCAUCUGCCAUUGGUCUCCGCCGGCGUUUUAGCUCAGGGCAGACCGGCAGCCCUCAGCCCCGAUGGGGACGCCCGCGGCUCACAGACCACAUAGAAACAGACCAGGGGUGCGAGGGACACAAAUAAGUGACACGCCUCGAGGGGUGGGCAUCUUAAGCAAUCAAAGAUAAGCAAAUGUAGACAAAAGAAGUGCCAGUCCUGAAAGUGAAAGGCAUGCGCAAGUGGUGUCCCACUGUGUGUAAAUCUUCUCGUUGUAGUCCGAUCUCCAUUUUAAGGGGAAGCCUUGCUUGGGUUUUCGCAGGUGCAUCUCGGUGUGGGGAAGCGUUGCCCGUCUUCACAGUUUCUUUGGAACGUGAGCGUUCAUGGCGCACAAGUGUGGAUCUGUCAGGUUUCCGCGUCAGAAAUGGAUUUUACAAUGCAAUUUCUUGCCAGCUGGUUGGCAAACUGGCUCCCUGAGACAGGCCCACACUGCGUGUGUUUGAGUUCUGCAUCAUUUUUGUCCUGUGUUUGCAUCACCAACUUUAGGCGCCCCUUCUUGCACUAUGUUAUUUUUCUUGGGUUUUUUUUGUUUUUUUAAACAGUCCCUCCUAGAAAGCAAAGAGAGAAAGCAUUCUGCGGCCUUUUAACAAUUUUAAACAAAAUAGGCAAGCGGUUGUUUAAUUUAAAAUUUUCAUUUGAAGAGGUUUAUAUGCGUGACAUGAUUUCUUUAUCAUGCACAUUUCUCAUUUGAUUCUGGAAUGUGUUCUACACUCUUUAAUUAAUCAUGCAGUUGCCUAUUUAAGUGAUUUCUUGAUUUCAAGCUAAAUUUGCUCUGCCACUUCUUUGAUGGGUGCUUUAUAUAUACACAUAAUAUAUAUAUUUUUUGUCAGAUAGUUCAUUGAGUUUGAUUGACUGUAGUGUCAAUGUCAUGUUUUUUUGGGUAACACUGAAAUUGUAUGCGCUUUGCUGCACUUAACAAAAUUUAGAAUUUUCCUUUAUUAUUGUGCUAUACCAAUGCUGACAUGUUGUGCCACUUGAUUAGCCCUCUUUAGCCACCCUGAGCCAAACUCAGCUCAGUUUUUGUGCGUUGUACAGGGUUCACAGGGCAAGCACAGUGUACUGUAGCUUUACUAACCAGAUGCUUAAAGUUCCCUUCUGCUGCUGCAACACAGAGAGCUACUAUUAAAAAUUGCAUUUGUCUGUUCUUUAUAUGAAAAGUGAGUGGCUGCUACUUCCAUUUUCCCAUGCUGGUUUUUCUCAAUACUACUGACAAUGCUCCUAACCAAUUCAGGCCCACGCUUCUCUGACUUGCUCCAAUUUAAAGUCAUGACAGAGGGCCAAUAACCCUCUGUGGCUUGUGAAUUAUAACCUUGGACACAGGUUAAUUACUCCCCAUCCUGUCUGCAGAGUUCAUCGCAGUACUCGUGUUUUCGUCAGUGUUCUGUGCACUUGUGAUGCAAACAUCAUGACUUAGCUUCAGCGUACAGUGCCUUCCACUCAGGGCAGUUUCUACCUGCACACAACACACAUUCACAGUUACCUGUGAAUGGUUGAAAUUUGAACAGCCUUCUUUUUUUUUAUUGCAAUAAUCGGCUCACAGCUUUUUAUUUUAUUGUUUAUAUUUCAGUUUAUAAGUCCUGCGGUGAUUUGCUUCCUUUCUGAAAAUAUCAUGCUUUUACUACUUGCAACAACUAUUUCUGCUUCCUUAGCUCCUUCCCUUGUCUUUUCCAGUCCUUACUGACUGCUUCUAAGUGGACCUGUAUCUCAUGGUUGCAAAUGUGACUUGGCUUUAAUAUUUGAAAAUGAAACGGCAGUUAGGUCAGGUAAAUAAACAACCUACAAGGUGAAGUUGGUGAUGGGAAUGACUGACAUGCAGACGACUGCUUUAAAACAUCUGGUUUAUUUAAAGUCAACAGAGGAAGAAGGGAUUGAUUGGGGUAGUGUAGAACACCCUCAUUGCAUGAACUGGUCAAUUCUAGACACUAUUAAACUUAGCAUGGAGAAAUGUUUGCACUGCACAAAAUAAUUUGUGGUGGGAGACACUUUGCCUUGUGAAAAAGCUCUGCUUUAUUUCAGCAUCCUGUUUGUCAUGUUUUUGCCUUAGGGUCAUGUCACUUGCCCUCAUGUGUAAUGCCAAUACAUCACUGACCAGGAACUGGCACUCAAAAUGCUUAAUGAUCACUCAGAAUAACACAAUCACACAACGAGAAAAAAAUGAGAAAAUAAUUUUGUUAGGAGUGUGGUUUUCUUCGAGUACUGGAAUAUGAUGUGGAAAUGAAUAAUGAAUGUAUAAUAGACAAUGGGAAUGGGGAUAGCAUUUAAACAGCACUUACAGGACAAGCUUAUCUCAGCUGAGUGCUUUGGUGGCAUAGAGCAGCCGUUCUCAGCGCUAGUCCUCACUCUUUAUUCUGGUCGUCUGCCCCUAAAUAAUGAAGUAUUUCUUUGUGGCCUUCUCUGGUGUAACCUCCACCUCAUGGCCAGGAUGACAGCCAAUAGGCCCUGGUGCAGAAGACCACUGGUAUGAAGCAUGAGAGGAUUAAAAUUGUUAGAAUCCAAUAGCUUUUAAAGUUCCAACGUAACACAAAUAUACACAUAUGUACUCUUGCUGUAUGGGGUGACCCUACACAACCCCAUAGAGUGGGCCAUUGUAACAUUAACAUCUCCUUUAAAGCACACUUUAGAUCUUGGCAUUUAUCUGGAUUCAUGUACGUGUUGAAAGUUGACCAAGGACUUGCUUAAUUAAGCACAGAGGACAAGAUGCCUAAACUGGGGAAUAAUAAAUGAAACACCCAUCUGUGAUAUAUUGUUCCAUUGUUUCCUUAUUAUGGUAAAUGGCGUAGCAAUUUGAAUAUGCAGUUUUUGUUUAUUUUUAAAAUAUAUUUUAUUUUUAUAGAUGUGUUUUUGCACUUCAUUUGAGGUUAAAAAAAAUGUUUAGCUACAAUCAGAAACUUCUGCAACACUACAGCCUAAACAAAUCUGCAUUUUUUUUACAGGUCUGUUAUUUAUGCUUGAUUGCUUGUCCCCGUAUAAAUAUAACUGUACUUAUAAGAGUGAGCUUAAGCCUUUCAUUCUCUGUUUUUAGUUUUUGGAAAAGGGAAAAUUGCCAG